CAAGUACGCUUGCUUCAUUGACUCAACAAUAUGAAGACUACAGUCAACACAGACGUCCUUAUUGUCGGUGGGGGACCCGUGGGUCUGCUCAUUUCCUACAGUCUUGCCAGGCAGGGCGUAGCCUCGAUCGUCGUUGCGCAGCACGACAAGGAGCAGCAGGCUAUGUACGGCCGAGCCACCACCCUGUACCCGCGAACGCUAGAGAUGCUUGACCAGCUCGGGCUUCUCGAGGAGCUGAACCAGAUUGGCUACAUCGGCCGCAAUAGCGUCACAUACAAGGACGGCAGACGGGUGACGUCUCGCGGCUGGCAUAUCAUGUUUGAGCGCAUGAAUGGCACCUUCCGCGACUACUGCCUAAACAUCCGCCAGAAGUAUUCAGAGGAUGUGAUCCGCACCGCGUACCUGGAGCAAGGUGGGGAGGCAUACAUCGGCUGGAAGCUGGAAGGUUAUGCCGUCGAAGACGUAGCGAAUGACGGUUACAACGUAACGAGUCAAAUUCGUCAGUGGAGUACGGAUAAGACCGUCACAGUCAAAAGCAAGUUUAUUGUUGGCGCGGAUGGAAGCCAUUCGCUCGUCCGACGCUCGGCCAACAUCCCAUUUGAGGGUGAUCAUACUCAGUUCAAAUGGGUUCGAAUUGACGGCAUAUUUUCCACCAAUAUGCCGGACGCAGAUGUUGGAUUUGCGUCAAUCGAGUCCAAGAGCCAUGGCAACGUCCUGUGGGUUCAGCUUGACCAUGGCGUUAAGCGCAUCGGUUUUGCAAUGACAGACGAGAUGCUUGCCAAGUAUGGAGAAAAGCUCACGCAGGAGCAAGCUAUUGAGGAGGCCAGAAAGUCUAUGGAGCCCUUCACUUUUGAGGUACAGAAGGUGGAAUGGUGGACUCUGUACAGCAUCAACCCAAAGGUUGCAGAUACAUUCUACACGAACUCCCGCGUCUUGCUCGCUGGCGAUGCAUGCCACACGCACUCUUCUGGAGCCACUCAGGGCAUGAAUACUGGAGUCCAUGAUGCGGUUAACCUCAGCUGGAAAUUGGGUGGCGUGGUGAAAGGUUGGUAUAGUACCGAAAUACUUCAUACAUAUGACCUCGAGCGCCGGCCGGCCGCACAGCAUCUCAUUGAGCUGGACAAGGCCUUCUCUGCAACCAUCUCCGGCCAGAUCCCAGACAGUCACAAGGGUGCGUAUGUGGACGCCAACGAACUGUUCACUAGAUUGUUCGACGAGACGAUUCAGUUCAACAUUGGACUGGGCAUUCACUAUGACGAAACCAUCAUUAACAAAUCUCCAUCGACGGGGAUGAUCUCAGCGGGUUGGAGAGGACCUGAUGCGUUGCUCUAUGCACCGGGGUCUCGGAUCCCAGUUCGUCUGUUCCAGUUGAUACCGAACUACGGCAAAUGGUCUGUCAUCGUCUUAGCUGGGCAACCGCUCGCCACGCGAGAGAAACUAGGCAAGGCUGUGGAGCAACUGAGCCGGCUUAGGGACAGCUUGCCUUGUGGGCUUGCUCAUUUCUUGACAAUACUUGCCCAAAGUCCUGCUGAAGGUGACCAGAUGUUCGCAACCCCCAAGAUCGGCAAGAUGUACUAUGACCAGGAACGGUCUGCUCAUGCAGCAUACAGCAUCUCAACCAUGGAGGGCGCGGUGGUAGCCCUGAGACCAGACGGUAUCAUGGGGCACGCUGCCAAUUUGGACAAUAUUGAGAGUAUCGAGUCCUUCUUGAAGGAAGUGAUCCUCACUCAUUGAUUAACAGCCCCCCUUGGCGGGCCUCGCACGCAUUUUGACGCAGAGGACGCGCAAAAAAAGGUCUGGUUGUGUCUCUUGUAAAAGAAGUGCCAGGGGCGUCGAUUGUCGUUUCAAUAAUGUAGAAAUAAUCUUAUUUGUCUCAACGUGUCAUAGAUGGUAUACCAAUCAACAAAC